AUGGCAUCUCCCAGGCUUGAGACCUUCUGUUGCCCCAACCGGGAUGCAGCCACACAGCUGGUGCUGGCUUUCCAGCCCCAGAUAUUUAACGGGGUGUGCCUUGGGAGUGCUUCCUUUAACUUCCUGCUCAGCAUCUUACAGCUCCUCCCCAAGAGAAACCAGGGACCCAAGAAGCUCCCCCAAACUUCCUCUGCCACCAUCCUGCUCUUCGUCUCUGCUUGUGAUCUCCUGGGCUGCCUAGGUAUCAUAUUCAGGUCUACAGUAUGGUUAGGAUUUCCAGAUUUCAUUGGAAAUAUCUCAGUGGUGAAUGGAACAGAUGUGUGGCCCACUGCUUUCUGUGUGGGAAGUGCGAUGUGGAUCCAGCUGUUAUAUAGUGCCUGCUUCUGGUGGUUGUUUUGCUAUGCUGUAGAUGCCUAUUUGGUGAUAAGAAGAUCUGCGGGAUUAAGUACUAUUCUGCUCUACCAUGUAAUGGCAUGGGGCCUGGCAAUCCUUCUUUGCAUAGAGGGCAUUACUAUGCUUUACUACCCUUCUGUCUUCAGUUGUGAAAGUGGCCUGGAGCAUGCAGUCCCCCAUUAUGUGACUACCUACGUGCCACUCCUGCUAGUUUUGUUGGCCAAUCCCAUCCUAUUCCAAAAGACAGUUAUGGCAGUGGCAUCUUUACUCAAAGGAAGACAAGGCAUUUACACAGAGAAUGAAAGGCGGUUGGGAGCAGUGAUUCAAAUUCGUUUUUUCAAAAUUAUGCUGGUGUUCAUUAUUUGCUGGUUGCCUAAUAUCAUCAAUGAAAGUCUUUUGUUCUACCUUGAAACACAGCCAGAUAUCAAUGGAAGCUCCUUGAAAAAUGUUAGAAAUGCAACCCUGAUCACAUGGUUUACUAUGGGAAUACUGAACCCAGCACAAGGCUUUCUUUUCUCCUUAGCUUUCUAUGGCUGGACUGGAUGCAACUUGGAUUUCAAGUGUCAAAAGAAAGAGAUACAGUGGGAAUCUUUGUCGACCUCAGCUGUGGAACAUGCCUACGCCUCACAAGCUGGCUCCUCCCUCAAGUAUGAAAGCUACUCUCCCAAGAAGACAGUGGUGGUGAAUGGGCAUAAUUCUGAUGAAGCACUAGGCAUGCUGUCAGAAGGUUCUGAUGCCAGCACAAUUGAAAUCCACCUACCCCCGAGUGGGUCCCAAAACCUAAAUGAUGCUGCUGCUCCAGAGGGGAUCAGGGGGAAGUCAUGA